AUGCAAUCCAUCCAGGUGAUUCUCAAGACCGGCGCCACCGAGGCCCUCAACAAACUCCCCGCGCACCUCUCCACCAUCCUCCCCUGCCUCCCAAACACCAUCCUCUUCUCCGACUUCGAAGAGACGAUCAACGGCUCUACUACGCUUGAUGUCCUCCGCGCCGUCGACGAGGACCUCAAAUCCACCCACCCGGACUUCGACCUCUACCGCCGUCUGCAGCACACAGGCCGCGCGGCACUCACCCGGUCCGAUCUCACCGACGACCCCAGCACGCCAUCAGGCAAGCCCACCAACCCGGGCUGGAAGCUCGACAAAUGGAAGUUCCUACCCAUGAUCAACGAGACGUUCCACCUCCGGAAUGACGCGGACUGGUACCUCUUCAUGGAAGCGGAUACGUACAUCUUCUGGUCGAACCUGGCCUCCUGGCUGGGCAAGCUCAACGCGCAGGAGCCGUUCUACUUGGGCAACCAGGUCCAGAUCGGGGAUGUGGUGUUCGCGCACGGCGGGUCCGGCUUCGUGCUGUCCCGGCCGGCGAUGGAAAAGGUGCUGGGGGAGUAUGUGGCCCGGAAGAGCGAGUGGGAAGAGUACACAGACAAGCACUGGGCGGGCGACUGUGUGCUAGGAAAGGCGCUGGCGGAUUCCGGCGUCAAGCUAUCCUGGUCCUGGCCGAUGUUGCAGGGGGAUACGCCGGGGGAGUUUGACUAUUUCGGUAAAGGGUAUGGGAAGCGGUCGUGGUGUGUACCGGCCGUGGCAUGGCAUCAUAUGACGCCGGAAGAGAUCAGGGAGAUGUGGGUGUUUGACCGGCGAUGGUCGAGUAUCCGGCCGCUGAUGCACCAGGAUGUGCUUUAUGAGGUGAUCAUGCCGAAGUUGGGUCACAGAAAGGAAGACUGGGAUAACCUGUCAGGAGACGGGGAUGGCGAGUCCGCCGAGAGCGUGGAGGACUGUGAGAACAAGUGUGUAGGCGAUGCCGAGUGCCUGCAGUAUUCGUACAAAGAGGGCCACUGCCACAUCUCUCGGAGGAUGAAACGAGGAGCCGAGAAAUCCGGAAUGACCUCGGGGUGGAUGAUGGAGAGGAUCAACGGCACAGUAGAGAGACAGGGGGAUUGUGAGGAAAUCGGCUGGAUCACCUUCUGA